ACAUCAUUUAUUAGUCUUUCGUUAUUUUGUUGAUGUUCCUUCCUUUCCGUAUAUCUGAACCAAUACUGCAGGUAUGGACCGUUGUCUGGACUAUUUUAAAGCCAUUACUGCACACCUCUAAUACACCAGUGCCCAAACAAUUCACCUGGAUAGUUUUGCAAGGCUGUCAUCUGUUUUCGCCGUCGUGUUCGCUGCUUGUUUCUUGUUGUUUGUUGGAAGGRCAGCUUUGGAGAUUUUGCUGGUGUUUUCUUUUAUCAAGGAGUUGCCGGGGAAGGUUCUGUUAAAAGGUCUAGUUGAUGGAGGGGGAACAACCUAGCAGUAUUGUUUGCAUCAAUUCUAGCGAAGUCUUCCCUAAGAAAUCUYUAAAAGCAGAUGACUCAUCCUYGCAAGUGCUCUUUCCUGAACUUGAAGGUGAAAGCACUGAAUUUUUAGGUUCUACCUCAGAUGCAACACUUGCGUUGUCCACCUUUAGAUUGUUCAUAAGUUUCAAAAAUUCUUUCCUCAAUCUUCCUAUUUAUUUGAUUGAAUCAGUGGAAUUAAAAGAUUUGUUUAUUAUACAAGUAAACUGUAAAGAUGCCAGAUCAUUUAGGAUAGAUUUUGAUAAUAAUGAACAAUGUGUAAAAUGGUUGCACAGAUUGUCAACAGCUAUAUCACCAAUAAACAAAACAGAAGAACUCUUUUCAUUUGUAUACUAUUGUUGGACAAUGGAAUCUAAAACCACUAAUGGCUGUUGCUCGGGUAUUGCASACUGUAAUGGCCUUUGGCUGACAGAUGGAUGUACACCAUAUUCAUUCUUCAAUGAGGCACAGAGGCUUGGCUUUGACACCAACAUGGAUGACUCCCCAUGGAGAAUUACCGAUAUUAAUUCAAAAUUUGAGAUCUGUCCCACCUACCCAAAGCUGCACAUAAUACCAAAGAGCAUAACGGAUGAUGAACUAGAAAGAGUAGCAUCAUUCAGAUGUGCAAGAAGAUUCCCUUCAGUUGUGUGGAGGCAUGCAGCUAGUGGUGCAGUYAUUGCCAGAUGUAGUCAACCAGAGGUGGGAUGGCUGGGGUGGAGAAGUAAUGAAGAUGAAAAACUACUCCAGGCAAUUGGUCGUAUUGACAAUAAUGCCAGUACUAAAAUUGAAAAGGAGUCAGAGAAUGGCCUAGACAAGGAAGAUCUUUCAAAUGGAAUGGUCACRAAUGGUAAACUAACACCAGAAACUGGAAGGAGAGUUCUUAUAGUGGAYGCAAGGUCCUACACAGCAGCCUUKGCUAACAGGGCUAAAGGAGGUGGUUGUGAAUGCACAGAGUACUACCCCAAUUGUGAGGUAGACUUUAUGAACCUGGGUAACAUCCACACUAUAAGGAAAAGUUUCUAUCUUCUAAGGAAUCUGUGUUCAGGUCCUCAAGAUGUUCCCAGUUGGUGGUCACAGCUCGAGAAAACCAACUGGCUUCAGCAYAUUUCCAUGCUCAUAAAAGCAGCCGUUAAUGUAGUUAACACAAUAGACAAGUAUGGCAGGUCCGUAGUGGUACACUGUAGUGAUGGCUGGGACAGGACCACUCAAAUAGUGGCCCUUGCUGAGCUUCUUCUAGAUCCUUAUUACAGGACCAUUGAGGGAUUCACAGUGCUAGUAAACCGGGAGUGGUUAGAGUUUGGUCACAGGUUUGCUGAUAGGUGUGGACAUGGCUUUGGAUAUGAUGAGAACGAAAGGUGUCCAGUCUUCGUUCAGUGGUUGGAUUGUGUACAUCAACUGUUGCGACACUUUCCUUGUGCUUUUGAGUUCAAUGAGACGUUCUUGUGCAAGCUUGUUCAGCACACGUACUCGUGUUUGUUUGGUACGUUCCUUUGCAACUGUGAGUCUGAAAGACAAAAAGAUAAUGUCAAGGCGAGAACAUUCUCAGUCUGGUCACUGCUUCACUCAAAGAGAAAAGAAUUCAGGAAUCUAUUGUAUUCUMCUAACAGUUAUCGGGUUCUUUUUCCAUCGUACCACGUUCGAAGCCUCGUACUGUGGUCAGCUGUAUAUCUCGCUUACCCAACACCUUUCGUUGAUCACCGAGAAAGCGACCUCCACGCACAUUCCCCUUCUUCCUCCUCCUCGCUACGAGUCCCACUAAACUAUAGUGACUCCACCCUCGAAACAAAACCUUCCCCCACUACAGGAAUCAUUUCUUCGAAGUCCGACGGCGAUUUGCUUCGUAAUCACAUGUGUAAGACUUGUAAUGAUCGCCAUUUAGAUCACCUCAAAGGUAACGGAAGCAAUUCAAUUCAGUGCYACGGCGAMUCCUCGSACUCUAAAAAUAAAUCGCCAWCUACARCGUGCAAUGGUGACGCCCAUCACYCAGAAGARGAAGAAGACACCACAGYCUCUAACAGCUUGUACUUUAGUACGACUACUGAUAAAAGUAAAACUAAUAUGAAUUCUCAUUCAGAUGGGGAUAUCGCUCCAGAUAUGAACUCUAGUUUGUCUAGUAGUCGCGGCACACUGGUGCAGGAUGAUCCUCGUGGCGAUGAUAGCGAUAGUGAARGCGAAGGUGAAUUAGACAAUACAUCGGAAAGUAAUGAAAGUGAAAUGAAAGAUAGUACCAUUUUAGGUAAAACACGGUCUGAGCCGUUGAAGAAUGAUGCUUUGGAUAAUUCAACAAAUGUUAGUACAAAGACACAGAAAGACGAAAAAMCUGAAACACGCACUAGUGAGAGUAUUAAUACGAUCAAACCUAGUCCUUCUAGUAUGUACGCUCGUUACCUUGACAACGAUGGAUUAACAUUGAKUAAGAAUGACGUACAGGACAGGCUAAGGCAGAUAGAUGUGACUUAUCAGGAGCAACUAGAAGUAUUGCGGGCUCAAGUUAUGGAAGAACGGCGGAAAAGGUUCCUGGGUAAUGUGGAUUCUGGUGGAAGAUUUACUGAUCUGAAUGACGAAGUGUGUUCACUACCAGACUCCACCCAGAGUGGCGAGCAGCCUCCGUUGUCGAACGGGAGUGGUGACGAGUCGAGUUGGAUUGAAGUGGAAGAGACUGAUGCGGAGCCUACUCGUUGGGUACCAGACCACGCGGCCGCAAAUUGUGCCAACUGUGAUGCAGAAUUCUGGAUCGCCAAUAGAAAGCAUCAUUGUAGGAAUUGUGGACAAGUAUUCUGUAGCAGCUGUUCAAAUCACAACCUGCCAGUACCCAAUGAGCAGCUCUACGAUCCUGUACGCGUCUGUAUGUCCUGCUUCGAAAAACUCGUCUGCAUGGAGGAACGCCACAAAGACCAGCGACGGAAUCCUGAAAUGGUUUCUGCUGUUGGGUAGUCAUGGAAACAUAGUAGCAAUUUCUGACCAUCCUUUUYCCCAGAGCUUUCGUUACCUUGGCCAGCAUUAAUGAACAAGACCUCCAUAUUUAUUAACCUAUAUGUAAUAGAAUUUUUCAAUGGCCAAGUAUAGAGGCUUUGCACCAUCACUUGCCGGCACCCAUAUAGUCCACUCGCUGGCCCCGCUGCGAUUUUGUUGGGCUGCCUGUGCUCGCAAAAGCGCAGCGGUCAGAGGAGCCUGGACUGCCUGUGACUAGAUGGCAGAACAAUAAAAUCCCUUUGCUCUCAGGAAUYGAAUCCUUCCUCGUGUAAAACGAUUGUAUUGUUCCUGCCAUCUAACAUGGCUGCCGUCUCGGGAUGGGCAAGGCCUCUAUUGGCUAUAAUUUCCAUCCCAGUUAUCUUACUUCCGGUUUCGAGAAAACCGGAAGUCCAAAGAAUUUGAAUUCACUUUCUUAUUUCUUCAUGYUCGCUAAAAUUAUUCGAAAGCUCUGAGAACGAGAGUGAUAUUUUGUCAUAUCAAUCUUUUGUAUAAAAAAAAUUCAUUAUUCCAAUUUUAAAAAGAGGCAGUAAACUGCCAUAGCGGUUACCAUAGUAACAUAAAUUCUAAUUAAAUUCGGAUUUAAUCCYUUAUCUCAUUCGUUCGCUCUUUGAAAUUCUGAUAGGAAUAUUCUCUUUCGAAUGAUCGCCCUAGCAUAGAAUCCUAUUUCUACUUUUAGGGAAAAAAUAUAUAUUUAUGAUUGUUAUAAAAAUGAAUAUUUCACACGAAGAAAAAAGAAGAAAAAUGAAGAAAAAUGUUAUAUAGAAAUCAGAUAGGAGUCUUWAAAAGUUGGUGAACAUUAUAAGUUAACAUUCGUUUUUCCCUUUUAUUUGAGUAAGAUACGUUUUCAUUUAAAGAAAGUUUAGGGUUUCACUUAAAGUGCCCCUCACCAAUAACUCAAUAUUUUCAGGAUAUGAUUGUUAAUGAAGCGAAUUGCAAAUUUGUUUUUUCAUACUAAUCAGUGCUUCAGUUUAUAAAUGUUGACAAAUGAACAGUCUARCGCCUCCUGACAUCACACUCAUUUACAUAUUAACAGUAUAUACCUUGAUGUCUCCAAGAUGCAUCAGUCAAUUCAUAUGAAAAUAUUUUGCCAUUCAACCAUUCACUUCAUGUAGAAUCAAUAUUGAAAAUAUUGAAUUACGGUUGAGGGGCACYUUAAGAGGGAGUUUCAGCAGUAAUAUUAGGGAUUUUAAGAUUUGCAAAAUCUACGACGGUGACGUCAACCGGAAGUGUAAAUAACUUCACUUUAGGGUCCGGCGUAUUCAAAGUCAGCCUUUACUGCGGAUUAGUUGACCUAAUUGACAAUGUUUUAGAUGAAAUCUCCAAUGAACAGAACGUCGACUUCGUAGAUUUAGCAAAUCUUAAAUUCCCUAUUUUUAAGGACGACUCGUGUGAUUAUCGUCCCCUUACCCCACCCCGCCCUAAUGAAAACAUACCUUCUCGUGUAGUAUUAAGAAUCUGGUCUUAUUCUAAUUUAUCUUAAGGGACCAGAAAACACGCUUAGAAUCUAGAAUAGUAGUAAUAGUCAUCGCAACACUGACUAAAAUGUGCUCGCCAUUAUGGUCGAUGUAACCAGUAAUUUAGUUAUGUUCAAUCUACAGAGGGCCACAAUAGGCUUCGCGGGAUUCGGGAUUGGCCUUAUUUUGAAGGCGGCAUUUCGGAGUACGCGUUAAAAAAAAGCGGGAAGCGGGAUUCUCACACAGGCGAUUGGGAGCGGGAUUUGGUGUUUUUGAGUUGUUCGGAUUCGGGGAUCGGAGGGUUUUCAGUUGGAUACGAGAUUACAGUUCUUUUGUUCGCGAAUUCAAACAAUUKCCGUUCAGUAUGCUAAGCUAUAUCAAGUCACAUCGUAACAAGACGGGAUCGGGAUUUUAAUACUAACUUGGCCGAGCGSGAUGGCGGGAUUGCCAGCAAAAACGAGCGGGAUGGAGGGAUCUGAGAACCCUAUUGUKGACCCUCUCCACAUAGCGGCUAUGUUACCAGAGCCUGCGCUUGUAACAUGAAUAGACCUCUUCCGACGUUCAUUCAUAUUUUUCUCUGUACUGMCUUUUCAUUUCACCUUAGUGGCGCUAAGCUACGGUGUAAAUGUCUAAUUAAAUCUAGUCUAACAAAAGCUAAAA